AUGUCUGAUGUAAUACAAAAGAGAAAAGCAAAAAUAAUCAAAACUCUACAAAAUCCGGAGCUGACGAGGCUCAUAGAGGACCCGUCGAAUCUGGGUAUUUCUUUGCAUUUUCCAAUCAGCUCAUUGCUGAAAAGUAACAAGUGCGUUCCGAUGCCCAUGCUUUCCACCUAUAGUUUGACAAGCAAUGGUUUCAAGGAUUGGCGCGCGGACAUCCCUUUAGAUCUAUCUGCUGAGGCUAAUAUCAUCGAUUUUUAUUGGGAUGUCAUCUUAUGCAUGGAAUCUCAGUUCAUAUUGGAUUGCAACCUCUUAGUUAAAGAUAAAGAUAACAAGAAGAGACCUGUGGCUAAAAUGUUAAAAGAUAAGUUAGUGGACGAUAUGAAAAUUACGCUGAAGAGACUGAUUUAUACUGAAAAUACUAAAAAAUAUAAAAAUUAUGAUGUUAACGACGGUUACGAUUGGAGGAAAUUAGGCUCACAAUAUUUCAUACUUUACCUCCCUUUAUUUACGCAGGAAUUAAUUUGGAGUAAACUGAAUGAGAACUACUUCCACGUUGUAUUGCCAUCUUUACUGAAAAAUAAGAGCAUUCAUGAUAACCACAGUAAUUACAUAAACAAAGAAUGGCUGCUUGCUCUCCUAGAGCUAACCUCUGAUUUGAAUCAAAAUUUAAAAUUCGAAUACAUGAAAUUGAGAUUAUAUAUUUCAAGAGAUGAUUUGAUAAAUAAUGGAUUAGGCCUUCUGAAAAAUCUUAAUUGGAUUGGUGGGAAACUGAUCAAGAAUGAAGAUAGAGAAAUUUUGCUGUAUUCUACGACAGAUGCUAUUUCUUAUUUAUUAGGUGAUGAAAAUUUUGUAAUCUUAGAAUUUGAAUGUUAA